GUUCCCCCCUGGACUGUCAUCGAUAGUUCCGGUGUUUUUCCAGUCCUGAUGCUCGAAGUUCCGCUGGUCUCUUCUUAGAGUCUCCUCCUCUCCCCCUUCCACCCUCUGUUUCUCCGGUGUCUCCCUCACUCCAGCUGUACCUCCUCUCCCCGGUGUCCUCCCCCGGUCCCCGGGAUGCUGUCCCUCCUGUCUCGGCUGCUGGACUGGUUCCGCUCCCUCUUCUGGAAGGAGGAGAUGGAGCUCACCCUGGUUGGGCUGCAGCACUCAGGGAAAACCACGUUUGUCAAUGUCAUAGCGUCAGGUCAGUUCAGUGAAGAUAUGAUACCGACUGUAGGAUUCAACAUGCGUAAAGUUACCAAGGGCAACGUGACUAUAAAAAUAUGGGAUAUUGGAGGCCAACCACGUUUCCGCAGCAUGUGGGAACGUUAUUGUCGGGGUGUCAAUGCAAUAGUGUACAUGGUUGAUGCUGCAGACAGAGAGAAGAUUGAAGCAUCUAGUAAUGAACUACACAACCUUCUGGAAAAACCACAAUUACAGGGUAUUCCGGUCUUGGUUCUUGGUAACAAGCGAGAUCUUUCCAGUGCACUGGAUGAGAAGCAGCUCAUUGAAAAAAUGAGCCUUUCACUGAUCCAGGACCGGGAAAUUUGCUGCUACUCCAUCUCCUGUAAAGAGAAGGAUAACAUAGAUAUCACUCUUCAGUGGCUAAUCCAGCAUUCCAAGUCACGCCGCAGCUAAAGGUUCCUGCAAUAUUUUCUGCCGCUCUGCACUCUAGGAGAAGACCAUCUGCUCAGCACCCACAGACUUGCCUUUCCAGCUCGUAACGUGCACCCUGCAGUUUUCCUAUUCUGUUCACCAAGGAUUUAUUUGAUUCCCAACAAGAGGACGAGACCUCUUCAUUGUGGGAUGUGCCUUGUCCACGCUCCUCUAAAUUUAGUGGCUAUUUACCAUUGUUGCUUAACCAAUGCUGAUUUGAGAAUGCCUCUGGUAAGCUGUCCAUUUUGAGUUUGUGAUCAACCCUCUAAACUGCCCACCCCAAGUUGUAACCAUUUGAUCUAAUCUGCCAUCCUGGUUGUGUAAUCGACCUGCCCACCCUAGAUAUUGACUAUUUUGUCUAAGCUGUCCAUACUGGGAGAGUGACUGUCAUCUUACUAGGUGUGUAGUUGAGCCUCCAAGAUUUAUCAACUGUCUUCUCUUGGAGGGGACUUUAUCUCGGCUGUUCCCUGUAAUAUAUCAUCCUUUGAAGUGGAUGUCCUAUCCUUCAUGAUAUCCUUCCUUGUGAGUUGGCUCAUCUCCUCCAUCUUCUUCCUGUCCCAUCCUUUACCAGCUAUCCAGCCUGUAAAUUGCUAGUUAAUCGUCUCCUUACACUUUAUAUGUACCUGAUGUCCUGCUCUUCUUCUUCUUUUUGACCUUGAUGAUAGAAAAUGUUGGGAGAGUGAAGUGUCACCUGUAUUUAGAACAGGAGAUAACCCUUACACCAUCAGGGAAAAAUAAUAAAUUGAAUAGGAUAUUGGUAAUAUGAAUUACUGACCACUAAUUAAAGCAUAGAAAGGGUCAGUUGUUUAGCAUCAAGGUAUCUUCAUAUUCCUUUCAGGCAGCAUCCUGAUAGAUUGUUUCCAAGAUAAGCAAUAUAAAUGUAAUAUUAACAAAUUAUGAUAUCUAAUAUAUAUAUAUUUAUAAUUUUGAUGGGGGUGAUAAAUCACUUCCAUGUAAAAUAUUUAGAUGUAACUAUUCAUAACUAUUUGUUUUUUCUGGGACAAGUAAACAAAAAACAAUUGGUCAGUUGCCUAUUAAAACGGCAGACACCAGAUAUUGCUACAGCUUUAUACCUAAGAAGUAACUAUGGAUGAACUGUAGCAUUUUUACACAUUGGAAAGGAUUGACUUUUCUUAUAUUAAGAAAUACUAUUGAUCCAUACGAUCCGGCUGCGUGCAAACUGUGUCUGCAAACUUCAAACCCCGCUAUCUGAUGGUGUGACCUUUUGAAUUGCUAUACAUAAAAUGCGUAAUUGCUGUAAAAUGGAAGGUUUGCAUGUCAUGCUGGUAAAGCGAUAGGUUAAAAAUAGAGAGUGCUUAUAUGAAAUAUCAAGGGAAUUGCAAUCUGGGUACAUGGGAUGUGUCCCGUCUAUUGUAAAAUUAGUCACUGGUCAAAACUGUUGGACAUGUUUAGACUGUACUGUAGUAUUUGACAUUAUGACCCCCUUCACAUAAAAAAGGAUGUUUUAUUGUUCGAAUCAGAAAUACCAAGAAAUACCAAUUAUAUAAAAAUAUUUAUUUAACCAAAAAGGAUACAUUUAGCUUUCGCAAGUUUUAAAAUAUGACCUGGGCCCCUUUUUGUUCAAAUAUAAUAACAUACUAUUAACUCAAUAAUACUCCUGUUUUGCUGAUUUAAUUUAUAGAAUGCUAAUGCCCUUUUAUGAAAGUAAUGUCUUUUUGAGCUUGAUAUAAAAAUCUGCGAUGACAGCACAGGAAAUAGUCCCUGGCUGUGUUUUCUUUUUUUGUGUCUUAAGAUUAAGGAAAUUAUGUAAAGUAAUUUUGGAAAUAAUGGUAUAGUGGCAUUAAGAAGAGCUGUUGGCACAUUACUAUAUCAAACUUCAGAAGUAGGCUGUUAUAUUCUGACUGUUUAAAGACUUGUUUAAAAUCAUGGCAUAUUCUAACUUAUCAGGAAAUGUAUAUAUAUUCUAUAAGUGGGGGGUUCAUGGGAACCUGGGAAUAAGGAUUUAAUCAAGUUUUUAAUGGAGAUAUGCCCAAACAAAGGGGGGUGGGUGUGAAAUACCAAGGGGCAACUACUUUUUUUGUAGUGCAGGACAAUUUUUGAAGGCGUAAAAGUAAAACUCCAGACACCAAAAUGCCAACCAUGCAUCUAAUAGCAUCAUCAAACUAUUCGUAUUUUUGUUUUGUAUAACUAGUGUAUGUUUUUUGCAACAAAAAAAAAGCAUAACAUUCGAAGUUGGACCCAUGUUCCAUGGACAGUCAUCCAGAAAUAAGAACCUUUUUUUUCAGUUGCCACCCACCCACAAGAGAUGACCAAAUCAGGAUUUCUGGAACAUGGUGCAUUUUCUAUUCUUACACCUCAAGUCCUGGAAUUCACUCAGCAGAGUGUGCAAACCAUCACAUCCAUUAAUGGCUGGAAGACAAUCGAUGAAGCAGAAUGAACAUUAAUGUCUUGGCCAAAAUGUUUAGAGUGUGGAACUCUUGUGUGUAGUGACCAUUCAAUUUGACCACAUUUCUGUAAAAAAAAAAAAAAAAAAAAUCCAAUUCUAAAUAUCACCUAUAUCGCAUAUGCUUGCCAGAAAUAUUGCUGUUACACAUUUUUGGUGAGCGGUGAUUUUUUUUAUUUUUUGUUGCAGUCUACGUAUCCAUUCUGGCACAGUGUGAAAGUCAUAUGUCAUGGCAGGUAGAAUAUAGCCAGCUCUGGACAAACUUUGAACGUGUAUAUCUGAAUAUGUCGGAAGAUCCAGUGGAUUUUUAAAAAAAAUCUUUUUAAUUCCAUCACUGUAAAGGUCAAGCCACAUCUGUCUCAUCUCAAGGUGACCUUUCCUUCUCUCUGAGAUGCCUUUGAUUUUUCAAAAUAGUUUUUUUGAAAUCUGCCAGUUGUGCUUUAUGGAUAAAAAAUGUACUACUGAUUUUACUGUGUGCAGAGCAGGACAUUAAAAACAAAAUUACCGGUACUUGCCCAUCAUAAUGCCGAGCAAUCACCCUUUAGAAGAAAGCAAUCGAAAUUAAUGGUUUGCACUCUUCUCUCCAAACGUGGAACUCAUAUGUUGCAGCAUUGAAGCUCUGUCUUCCAUUUCUUCCCCUACUGUAAGCUCAUCAAAAUAUGCUUGGUAGUUCUCCCUUCUCCCUACCUUUGUAAGAUGUGUUUGUGACACUUGCUUUUGAUGCAAUUCUCUGUCAGACUCUCUGCUUUAGCCAAUGAUACACUGCUGCUAUAUUAUUUUUAUUGUUUUUGCUGCGUUUUGCUUGUGCCUAUAACAUAAUCUGAUGAGAAUCAAAGGAGUUUCCUGAUGGAAGAGGACACUUUCUUGUGUUCCCCAUCAUCCUGAAAACCACAACCAUUUUGCGGACCUGUUCAUUAAAGGAUCACUAUAGGGUCAGGAACACAAACCUGUAUUCCUGACCCUAUAGUGCUAAAACCACCAUGUAGGUGGCUUGCCCCCUCUUAGCCUGCCUAUAAAGGUUUAAAACUCGCUUUAUUUCCAGCGCCGUGUGGCUCUGGCGGCGCUGGCCCGCCCCCUUUGUGACAUAAUCAAAAUGGCUGAUUUUCAGCCAAUUCAAUGCUUUCCCAUAGGGAAAUUGGCACAGGGGCAGGGCCAAAAAAGAUGCAUCUCUACGAGGAAAAUUCAGCAUCUCCAUGCAGAGCGUGGGAACGCUGAAUGGCAGGGCUGCUUACUGUGCAGCAAUGAGCCAGGAAGCCCCUCCAGUGGCCAUCUGAGUAGUGGCCACUUGGAGGUGUCCCUAGGGGCAAUGUAAACACUGCCUUUUCUCUGAAAAGGCAGUGUUUGCAUUAAAAUGCCUGAAGGGAGCUAUUAUACUCACCAGAACAACUCCAUUAAGCUGUAGUUGUUCUGGUGACUAUAGUGUCCCUUUAAGCCUUUGUAAUAAAUAAUUGUUUUGUAUGUCGGAGAUGCCCUGCUCUCAGAAUAAUGACAAUAAUUAACAAGUGGCCUCUCACCUAUUUAAAGCUUCAAUUUUGAGAAAAUGCAUCUGGUAUUAACUAAUACAAAGAUUGCAGAAAAAUAAAUCCAAGAUUUGCAAUUCCCAUGAUUGUCAGUCUUCAGGCUGUCAAAGCAUCGAGGGAGUAAUAGUUUUACAACCGUUGUCCACCCCGGAUCUAAUGUUUCGCAAUAAUUAAAUAAAACAAAACAUAUCUUGCAUCUUCUAAAGUUAAUAAAAAAUUGUUCUGUACACAUCACAAAGUGCAAAUAAAGGCUGGAAAUUACCAUUAGUCAGUGAUGCGUUAAGAAGUUUAGUACGCAUUAAAAUAUUAUAUAAUGUAAACUUUUCUCUCCUGAUUAGUAACUUUUUCACUUGACAAGUGCAAAUCAUUGAUUAUUUUUCUAGGCCUGAGUGUAUGUUUAAAUAGGUUGGUUCUCACUUGUAUUCUUAGAUAUAUGUAAUUAAACAGGCCAUUAAAGCCAACUUUAUUCUCAGCAAAACCAGGGUAAGACAUACAAUAAAAAAAAGCAUUGUAGGAGCAAUGGCUAAUAGGAUAUGCAUAUAUAAAUACUGUACAUAUAGUACGUAUAAUGAUGUACUGUAUAUACCAGUGAUGAUUGUACAGCGCUUUGGAAUUUGAUGGCGCUAUAUAAAUAGUAAAUUAAUAAUGAUUGACCUUGACACUUCAGACAUUUGUGAAUAACAUUUCGGACAAUGCUUAGCUAGUCAAUGCUUACUGAGCAUCAGGGGAAUGUAGUCUAAUUGCCUCUAGUGCUAUAGUGUGUAUAGUGGUAUAAUGUGUAAUUGAACAUUCGGUACAGAACUCCCACAGGAAGCUAAAAGUAUAAAAUAAGCUUUAUUUAAAACUUUGCAUGUUAAAGAGUUCAGGGUCAUUAGAAACAUUGAAUAACGGGGCUUUUAAAGGACCACUAUAGUGCCAUGAAAACACUCUUUUUCCUGGCACUAUAAGGUCUCUUGGUCCCCCCCCACCCUUAGGGUCCCCUCCCCCCGGGCUCUAGGGUGAGGAAGGGGUUAAACACAUACCUUUUCUCCACCGCCGGGCUCCCUCGGCGGUGGAGACCCUCCGCCUCCU